UCCCAUCGUGCCUUGCGGCGCAGUGUCAAACAUGGCACCCGUCUCGCGGACAAAAGGCGAAUCCGUCUGACGGUGGGCUGAAGCCCAAAUACAACCCAGAGAAAACGUUUUUUUCGGGGAAAAUUAACAUCAUACGAGUGCCCAGGCUCCAUUGAGGCAAUCUAUAAGACCGCAUGUUACAACUAUAAUCUAUGGAGGACUGUCUACUGGAAUAAGCAAGGAUGUUCCAGCAUUGUGAAGAGCCUCGCUUCACCAUCGAACAGAUCGACCUCCUACAGAGGCUCAGGAGGACAGGCAUCGGCCAGGCUGAUCUCCUCCAUGCCUUGGACACUUUGGAGCACCUGGAUCGUCCCCACAGGCACACCUCAAACCACCAAACCUCUUCCUACGCCCCGCCUUCGUCUUCCACCGUGGCCACUCAGACAGUCUUCUCCGAAAGCCGCCUAUCGCCGACUAGCUUUGAUGUCACUUUGCCUGUCGCCAUGGCAACGGUAGCACAGACCAACGGGAAGGUGUCGCCACUGACCAGAUUUCCUCUGGUGGGCGGUGGGGUGGUGGGCUUCGGGUUUGAGGCGGGCGAUGACGACGUAGAUGUGGAUGAGAAAGUGGAAGACUUGAUGAGGAGAGACAGCGGCGUCAUGAAGGAGGAGAUCAAGUGCUUCCUGGCCAGCAGGCGCAUCUCCCAGGCCGUGGUCGCACAGGUGACGGGAAUUAGUCAGAGCCGCAUUUCCCACUGGUUGCUGCAGCAAGGAUCCGACCUCAGCGAGCAGAAGAAACGAGCCUUCUUCAGAUGGUAUCAGCUGGAGAAGAGCAGCCCUGGUGCCACACUGGCCAUGCAUAACUCCCCACUGACUCUGGAGGACGUGGUGAUGGACUGGCAGCAGGCCCCGCCCACAUUCACGCCUGCUCCGGGGGGCUUUCGCCUGCGCCGGGGGAACAGAUUUACUUGGAGGAAAGAGUGUUUGGCCGUCAUGGAGAGCUACUUCAGUGACAAUCAAUAUCCUGACGAGGCGAGGAGGGAGGAGAUCUCCAUGGCCUGCAACGCCGUCAUUCAAAAACCAGGGAAAAAGCUUCUGGACUUUGAGAAGGUGACGUCUCUGAAGGUGUACAACUGGUUCGCCAACCGCCGCAAGGAGAUAAAGAGG